UGCAUCGCCUUCGCCCCGACCUGGAAGGCGCUGGCCAACGACGUCAAGGAGUGGAGACCGGCACUAAAUCUCGCCGCCCUAGAUUGUGCUGACGAAACCAACAGUGCAGUCUGCAGAGACUUCAACAUCCCUGGCUUCCCCAGUGUGAGGUUCUUUAAGGCCUUUUCCAAGAAUGGCUUAGGAACAACAUUGCCAGUGGCUGGUGCUAAUGUGCAGACGCUGCGGGAGAGACUCAUUGAUGCCCUGGAGUCCCACCAUGACACAUGGCCCCCGGCCUGUCCACCACUGGAACCUGCCAAGCUGGAGGAGAUUGAUGGAUUCUUCGCAAGAAACAACGAAGAGUACCUGGCCCUGAUCUUUGAACAUGAAGGCUCCUACCUGGGUAGAGAGGUAACUCUGGACCUGUCCCAGCACCGAGGUGUAGCAGUGCGCAGGGUCCUGAACACAGAGGACAACGUGGUGAGGAAGUUUGGUGUCACAGACUUCCCGUCUUGCUACCUGCUGUUUCGGAAUGGCUCUGUUUCCCGAGUCCCUGUGCUGAAAGAGUCCAGGUCCUUCUACACUGCCUACCUGCAGAGGCUCUCUGGGAUCACCAGGGAGACUACCCCGCCUACAGCUGUACCAACCACUCCUGACAAGAUAGCGCCGACUGUGUGGAAAUUUGCAGAUCACUCCAAGAUCUACAUGGCUGACCUGGAAUCUGCACUACACUACAUACUACGGGUAGAAGUGGGCAAGUUCUCGGUCCUGGAAGGGCAGCGCCUGGUGGCCCUGAAAAAGUUUGUGGCAGUGUUGGCCAAGUACUUUCCUGGCCAGCCCUUUGUCCAGAACUUUCUGUACUCCAUAAAUGACUGGCUUAAGAGGCAGCAGAGGAAGAAAAUUCCUUACAGUUUCUUUAAAACUGCCCUGGACAACAGGAAGGAGGAUGCUGUCCUUACCAAGAAGGUGAACUGGAUUGGCUGCCAGGGGAGUGAGCCACAUUUCCGGGGCUUUCCCUGCUCCCUGUGGGUCCUCUUCCACUUCCUGACUGUGCAGGCAAGUCAGCAAAGUGCAUCACGAGAGCUGGGCAAUGGCCAGGAGGUCCUCCAAGCCAUCCGGAGCUAUGUUCGCUUCUUCUUUGGCUGCCGAGACUGUGCUAACCAUUUUGAACAGAUGGCUUCUGGUUCCAUGCACCGGGUGAGAAGCCCAGAUGAUGCAGUUCUCUGGUUGUGGACGAGCCACAACAGGGUCAAUGCCCGCCUCGCAGGCGCUCCCAGUGAGGACCCACAGUUCCCCAAGGUUCAGUGGCCACCCCAUGAACUCUGCUCUGCCUGCCACAAUGAACUCAGUGGGGAGCCUGUAUGGGAUGUGGGCGCCACUCUCCGCUUCCUCAAGGCCCACUUCUCCCCAGGAAACAUCGUCCUGCACUCCCCUCCACCUGGACCAGCCCCCAGGAGCAGUGCACACAGUUUGGCAGCUGCCCCGAACCCAGGGGUAGGAGCUCUGGGGCCGGUAACCAGAAACUCAACACUAGGCCCUGAGAAGGCUGAUAGCACAGAGCCCCCUGGAAACACCUCCAUGCCAGAUAUUCCAGCUGAGAGACCUGAGGCAAGUGGCCCCCAGCUGCUGCACACUGGCCUCCAGCUGAGUGGACCUGUGCCCAGGCAGGGGCUUCCUGAUCACAUAACAGAGCCCCAGAGGGCUGUGCUCGUGCAGCCUCAGGGGCAGCGACACUUGAGUAAGCGGGACACAGGGGCUGUGCUGCUGGCUGAGUCCUGGGCGGAGGAGAACCACCUCCAUGGCCCUUCAGAACUGAGGAAAGGAAUCCAUAGCUCCAAACAGCUGGCCAGCAUCCCUGAGAGGGAGCGAGAAGCCCAAGCUGUGCGGGUCCAAGGCCAGUGGUUGCAGGUGCUGGGGAGGGACUUUUCCCACCUGGACAUCAGCCUCUGUGUGGGGCUCUACUCCCUGUCCUUCAUGGGCUUGCUGGCUAUGUAUACCUACUUCCGGGCUAGAAUGAAGGUCCUGAAGGGCCAUGCUAUUCACCUUGCAGCCUGAACCUUCCAGUUUGUAGUGGGGCAGGGAAGGGAGCUGGCAUCCAUGAGUGUCCUCUGCUCCCUUGACUUCCCUGCCUCCCCUUGCCCAGCCCAGGAGCGGGGGAAGCCCAGGAAAGCCAGUUGCUCCUGCGAACCCCGUCUGCUGGGAAGGAGAGUUACACAGACAAGAGAGACAGGACCAGGGUCCAUGUGCAUCUGACCAUCAAGGGAGGGCAGCUUUGAGCAGAGGGUUUAGGAAGGCACAGGCCCUGGCCUCUCAGCACCAAAUUCCUGUUUUUCAGCUUUUUGAAGCCCUGCCCCAUUCUCGAUGAAGCCUCAAUCUCUCCUGCUUGGUCUUAGCCCUAAAUUGGGGCGAGCCAGCCCAGUUGCAAAGCUGUGUCACCGUCCACUCCUCUUACAUCUGGACACGAAGAGGCCUUUGCACCUGAAAAGGAAGGGCCACCUGUGACCCUCUCUGGUUUUCCCAGCCUUCAGCUCCUCAGAUCUCUCUAGGGUUUGGCUUCAGGGUGUGGGCGGAUUUCUGGAAAUCAUGUGGUCUCCUGCACCAGGGUUUUUGCUGCAAGAAGAAUAUAGGUUGGGGCAGUUGCGGACUUGUCCAGCAGGGCAGGUAGUAAUUGCUGGGCUGUGGGGUGCAUGGCUUGCUUGCUGCAUGCUGAUGUGGGGGGAGCAGGUAUGGGGAAGGAUGCUGGGACCUACAGUGCCUUCGCUGAGGGCUUAGUGAAGAGAGGAGAGAAGGAUGUGCCUUGGCUUCUCAUUAGGCUGUACCCCUUUCUGAGCUAAGUCUUUUGUCUUCAUUUUAGUCUCCAAAGUCACUGAUAACCUUUGGAUACGGAGGGCCCUGGGUUGGGGUCAAUGUCCUCCCAUGAUUCCACCUUCUAAUUGGUAGACGUUCAUAGGGUCAAAGGGGAGGAUGAUGCUGUACAUGUGCUUGAUUCCCACUCUACCCCACCACUUGGGAGGGGUGUGGAAUAAAUUACUUUUUUUAAGGCAAGCACCUGUGUGUUCUUUAACUUGCUCCUAGGACACUGAGUAUCUGGGUCUGGACAGAAUGCACAGCAUCCAGCCUCACCUGGUCCCCAGCCAGCACACACUUCUCUUCUGGGCAUUGGAAAAGAGGUGCCCUCCUCACUGCCCACAGAGUACUCUGCCCCAGCACUUGCAGGCUCCGUAUGCUCUGGGACUGGCCUCAGGGCUCUCCCGCACUGCCACCUCCUGCCCUCCCUUCCUCCCUGGGAGCUCCC